AUGGCGAACUUUCCCCUGCUCGCGAAGAUUGCGGACGUAAAAGAACAUCGAUUCGAGAAGCCAGUGAAAAAGAUAUUCGAUGGUCCUGAUGUAUCCUUCUUCCUAAUGUCUCUCGCGUAUCGGGACAUCAUGAUAUUCAUGCUUCAACUCAACAGAUCUGUUUUACCACGCAAAGUUCAGACGGGAGGAAAGGACACAGUCUCGACCUGGCGGUUAAACUCAGAGGAGGUCGUGUUCUCAGAAGCUAUCUCUCGACUGCGCACUCUGUUAGACCACCUAAUAGAUCUAGUCGAUGCUGUUCCUCCCGAUACCGGCCCUAGGCGAUUUGGCAACGUCAGCUUCCGCAAGUGGUACAAGAUCGUCGAAGGAGAGGUUGGCGACUUAUUGACCCAGCAUCUGCCAGAAGAACUCGGCCCAGCGCAUGAAGAGCUCUCGUCAUACCUCUUAGGGAGUCUCGGAAGUUCUCAGCGGCUGGACUACGGAACGGGCCACGAGCUCAGCUUUCUUGCCUUCCUGGCUUGCCUGUGGAAGCUGAGUUUCUUCGCCGAGCGCGAGCCAGGUGUGGAAGAGCGAGGAAUCGUCCUCGGUGUCUUCGAGUUGUACCUCGUCCUCAUCAGGAAGCUCAUCAAGACAUACACUCUAGAGCCGGCCGGGUCUCACGGGGUCUGGGGCCUAGACGACAAUUCAUUCCUCCCGUACAUUUUUGGUUCUGCCCAACUGUGUCCGCCUAUCGCCGAAACCGACGACACCCCUACUGAAGGUUCGCUGCCCAGUGCCCCCGAUGCGUCCGCAGUGACCAAACUCAACCUCGUCGAGAAGGAGAAGGACUCAAACAUGUACUUUUCGGCCAUCGCCUUCAUCUACGACGUCAAGAGAGGCCCGUUCUGGGAGCACAGCCCCAUGCUCUUCGACAUCUCCGGCAUCAAGGACGGCUGGGGCAAGAUCAAUAAGGGCAUGAUCAAGAUGUACAAUGCAGAAGUCCUUUCCAAGUUCCCCGUCGUCCAGCAUUUUCCCUUCGGCUCCCUGUUCAAGUGGGAGAAGGAUCCCGAGGCUAAGCCACCACCACCCUCGACACACGCUGCGAGCCAACCUCUCCGAAACCCAACGGAUACCAAUGCGCCCAGUGCAAUGAGGCCGGGUGGCCCUCCGAUGGGGUCAACAGCCGCGCCCUGGGCCUCGAAACCCUCGGCCGCGCCAGCGGGCUUCGUCAACGGCGUCACGCAGGCCCCGUGGGCUGGUCGAGCACCUGCGCCGCCCCCUCCUCGUGGUGGCUUCGCUGCAGCACAGAGACGACCCCUACAAGCAUUGAAGGAGACGGAGACGAAGACGACCCAGCAAGUGCCCAAAGGGUAG